GCCAAUUCCAAUUAAACGGGCCUGGGCUACAACAUAAAUUUUUCUUCAUUUUCUUGAGUUUCUGAGAUGUUUCUUCCUCAAUUUUAAUCCUCCAUUAAAAGCUGCUUAAACUUCUCAGUGUUCAACUCACAUCUCCGUCACGGCGUCACCCGUACAGGGAAAAAGUGUCAGCAAAUCUUUGGUAACCGGAAGAUUCAGAUAAUCACUUUGUGAAUUGCAGCAUUAGCUUGGUGCAAAUAUAUUAUUUCGGCAUUUGUAUUUUAAUUCAGACGGUCACCCAAACAGAUUCUCUUACUAAGUUUAGGAGUUAAAAGGAUAUAUACUACAUGGACAACUUUCACGGAAUUCCUCCCCCGCCUGGUGUACAGUCCUCACCAAAUUUUGUUUCUUCAACUUCAUCUCUACCAUCAUCGCAGCACAUUAGCAAUGUUCCUAGGCCUCAUGACCCGUUCUUUCAACAUCAUACGAACCAUCCGUUUACUGUACCUCCUUAUACAUAUCAACCUCCACAUGGCCAAGCCUUUCAGCCACAUGUUGGUCCACCACCUCAAUUUAAUGUCCCUCCAUAUGCUCAAUUCCCUGCCCAAAUGCCUAAUAACUAUCAGUAUGGUAAUGGGUUACCCCACCCAAUGCCAGCCUAUCAACCUCCACAACAAACAAUCCCUAGUAACUUAAAUGUAGCACCACACAGCAUGAUUCAGCUACCUCAACCAGGAACAAGAAAUGUUGUUGGUCCUGGUGUUGGUGCUGGUGCUAGUGCUAGUGCUACUGGACCAUUGCCUUUGAAUGUUGGAAGUUUUGAGAAUGUCACACAGGGAGCUCCAGCCACUGAGCAUAAACAGAAGGUGCUGAAUGAUAGAACCAACUGUGUUCAAUCUGAAGCAGUGAUUUCGGAUCCAUCUAAUGUCCGUCCAAAUGGCUUAUCAAAUUCACAAAUUGAAGCUGUGCAAGGGACUCCUUUAGUGGACAGUGGGCAGAAAUCUGUUGAAACAGAUAAAAUUUCUUCUGGAGAAGACCAAGGGCCAUAUCACCAAGCUACUUCGCAUUAUCCUCAAAGACGAGAUGAUGAUAUUGAGACUGUUGCUCAAGCUGCUGUGUUACGUGAGCAAGAAAUUGCCACCCAAAGGAUUUUUCAAAGUCAGAGACAGGCCAGAGGAACUAGCACGCUGCCUGAGGAUAAGAAAGACUUCUUAUCAGAACAGUGUGAUCCAAGUGCUAUAAAGGAGCAUUUACUGAAGCUUACCGCAGAACAUCGAGCAGAAGUGGCUGAAAAAAGAGGGAAGCCCCCUGCUUCUGGGAAAGAUAACUUGGAGAUAGGUAAUGGUUAUGGUGUACCAGGUGGAGGUGCUUAUUCAAAUGCUGUACUGCCAAGAACAUCAGGUCUUGGUGGAGAAGUAAGCAACAAAAGUGCUAAUUUGGCUGGAGAAUCACAUCAGAAGCAUGGGGUAAAAGAAUUGCCGGAGUACCUUAAGCAGAAGCUGAGGGCAAGAGGAAUUUUGAAAAAUGAGCCUGCUAAAGAUGAUUUUGCUGCAAGUGACUCUAAGCUAAAAGCACAAUCAACUCAAUUGGCAGAUAAUAUCAACCUGCUUCCUGGAUGGAUGGAAGCAAAGGACCCUGAAAGCGGUGCUUCAUUUUAUUACAAUCAGAGUACUGGAAAGAGUCAGUGGGAAAGACCAGUUGAAACAAAUAUGAGUUCUCAAAGCCCUUCAACUUCAUCUUUGUCUGAAGAAUGGGAAGAAGCACUUGAUGAAACAUCUGGUCAAAAGUACUACUAUAAUAAGAAAACCCAAGUUUCACAAUGGGAAAAUCCUCAUGCGGAGCAGAAGAUUGCUCCAGUGCAUGCCUCGGGUGGUACUUCAAGAAAUGUCAAAGACGAUAUUUGGAUGGAGCAGCCUUCUAUGCUAGAGAAAUGCUUGAAUUGUGGUGGUUGGGGAGUAGGACUUGUACAGGCCUGGGGUUACUGUAACCACUGCACAAGGACUCUGAACCUUCGUCAAAGCCAAAAUUUUGGGCACAGUGGAAGCAAGCAGCAGAGUAAGAAUGACAUGAAUGGAGGGCAAGAUUCAGACAAUAGAUCUUCCAAUCAAAGAUCCGGUUCACGACCUCCAAUCAAUAAAGGAGGCGGAAGAUACAAUAAGAAACGGUCUUACGGUGAGGAUGAUGAGUUGGAUCCUAUGGAUCCGAGCUCUUAUUCUGAUGCUCCACGUGGCGGCUGGGUUGUAGGCCUUAAGGGAGUGCAGCCAAGGGCAGCAGAUACUACAGCAACGGGCCCUCUGUUUCAGCAGCGUCCAUACCCUUCUCCGGGAGCUGUGUUGCGAAAGAAUGCCGAAGUUGCAUCAUCAAAGAAGAAACCAGGUUCCAAUUACACAGCUAUCUCUAAGAGAGGCGAUGGAAGUGAUGGACUCGGUGAUGCUGACUAAAUGUUAAGUGGAUUUUGGCACCAGAUUAGUGUAAACUGGUUCUUCCCCUACUGGGUUUUGUCCAAGAAAAAUAGAGGCAGAAUUUAGUGCCGUAUCAUUUUGUAACAUUUUGUGUUUUUAAUUUCAAAUCAUUAAUGUCUACGUAUACACUAUACUCCGAUAUGUUUAAAAGGGAAUAGUAUAUAUCAAUAACGUUUAUUUA